AUGGCGACAACAGCUACAACUACCCAGACAAGCACCAACUCCCUCUCCAUCCUCGCCGAUUAUGAACUCCACCACAGCGGCAACGAAGUACCCCAGUUGUCUGAACGAGCCCCCAUCUCGCAAGCAGCCCAACCCGCCAACUGGCCGUCGAAUUACCGUCGCGUACCAGCAUACCGUCCUGCGAACCAUGGGUUAGACCAGAGCGAGAGACCAGCGGGGAGCAAUCCCGCAGAAUUUGUGUUUAUCCAGGUGAUGCUGCAUGGGGUGUGGUUGAACGCGUCUAUCGCUCGCCUGUGGAGGCUCACAGGGGGAAGAAUCAACGACCGGAUCUUCCGGUAUGAUAUCGGGGGGGAGUUUUAA